AUGCACCUGUACCCGAAGCGUGCUCUGCUCGGAGGGGCGGAGCAUGCCGCAGCCCGCGGCAACAUCGGCCUUGUCGAGAGGCUGCUCGAGGCCGGCGCCCACGGCAGAGCAGGGCGGAGAGGGUGCCGCGGCCGGACAAUGCUCGACGCCGCUGCCCUGGGUGGAAACGCGGACGUGAGAUCGGCGCUGCACCUGACCGUUGUAUGCGGUCACGAAGCGGCAGCGAGGUCGCUUAUGAUUGCUGGAGCCAACAUGCACCGGCUCGACCAGGGGAAUCAGUGUGUGCCCUUCCAUGUCGCCGCUGAAGGAGGACAUGGCGAUCUGGUGGGUAAUUUCUUGAUCCGUGGAGCUUGUCCGAAUUCUCGCACCAGAUUCGGCCUUACUCCUCUACAUCUUUCUGCUGGACGUGGCAACAAUCGUGUCGUGUCGGCCCUGCUCGGCAACACCAGCACCGAUAUCGACGCUCUCGCGAAAGAUGGGUUUUCCCCACUGAUGCUGGCGUCUACAAAUGGCCACCGUUCCACAGUGGAGGCUCUUCUUCGGGCUGGUGCCGACACCACCCCACGUGCCAGCCAUAUUCACGACCACCGGGUCGCGGCGCUCGAUUUGGCAGCAGGAAAAGGACACGUUGAAGUGGUCAUAGCUUUACUUGGGAACGGCGGAGACGCGAGCGCUGUCGACCCCCACGGCCGCACUGCUUUGCACCACGCCGCUCGACACAAGCGGGGGGGACGUGGUGAACGUGCUGCUCGAUGCUGGAGCCGAUGCUAUUGCCAAAAAUGUUCAAGGACUGACCCCUCUGCGCGCGUGCUCCAUCCUCGGAUGUGGCGAAAUCAUGGUUGCCCUUUUGAAGCGGGGACGCAAUGCAAAUGAAACGAGUAACUUCAGCAGGUUGUCGGCAUUGCAUUGGGCAUGUACUUCGCUAUGACCAGGUGUGAACAGAGUGGUUGACCUCCUAUUGAGGUGGGGGGCGUCGGAAACUGCCCUCGACUCUCUCGGUAAAACACCCUCCGACAACCUUCAAGAGAUUGCUGCUACAGUUACAGUCGGCGCUGCAAAUCAAGGUAAUAUGAGAGAACAGAGACAACGCGAGAUACAACGGGCACUAGUGGUGCUGGCGCGUACUCCGGCGGACAGGACGUGGAGACGCCGUUGCUGGGUGGUGAUGCUUUGCGCGAGGGCGGGGAUGGAGAGGGAAGAGCGCUCCAGCAGGAGCACUAGUGGCAGCAACCGAACAAUAAAGUGGGGAAAACGGACGCCGGUGGGAGCGG